AUGGGAUUACCGCUACUCACUAGCUCCUUUUCCCGUAACGGUCAUUUUUCUUGGCACCAUAGCCUUUAUCUAUGCUCCGACUACGCUCUCUACGGCGGUCUUCUCUCCGCUCAUAGCUUCGGUCUGGACUCCUCCGCCUUUCUGGGCUCCUUCCUCUAUGGUUCCUGCGGUCUCUGGUGA